CCCAGCUAUCAUGAAAUAAUGAUAAUAAUAAUCUAUCACUAAGUAAUUUUUCAUUACAGAGAAGUAUUUAACACCACAGACCUUUCACAAAACUGUCCAAAUGCGCCCAACAGCUUCUAUCGGCCUGAGCAAAACUGCAGCUACUUCAGAAGAGUUCAUGCCCCAGGAGGAUCGGGAAACUCUGCAAAGGAUUGUCAGUACUCUAGUGAACAAAAAUGAUGAAAUUCACAACUUCAUUGACAUGCUGAACCAUACCAUAUCAAAUGUUCAGGUAAACUCCUCUAAUGCCAUCAGUGAGCUAGAUGAGGAGUUUGAUGGUCUGUAUUCUGUCCUACAUGAGAUGAAGGGGAGCAUGGCCAACACUAUUCAGCAAGAAGAAGCUCGUAAAAUUCAAGCUCUGCAGGAUCAGCUGAGCCAGUGCAGCCGUGCCCUGGAGAGCUCAGAAGAGCUGCUGGAACUUGCUGUGCAGUCGCUGGACAUAAAGAACCCCGUGGAGCUCUUAGAGGCUACCAGACAGAUCAAAGAUAGUGUCACGGUGGCUUCAGCAUUCCGCCUCUCUCUGAAACCAAAAGUCAGUGACAGUAUGACUCAUAUGAUGGUGGACUUCGCCCUGGAAAAGCGGAUGCUCCAAGCUGUGAAGUUUUUGCCAGUCCCUAAAGCUCCUGAGAUAGAUGUAGCAGCGUGUCUGGUUGCUGACAACUGCAUAACAAUAUCAUGGAGAAUGCCUGAGGAGGACAGCAGAAUUGAUCAUUUUGUGCUGGAGUAUAGGAAAACCAACUUUGAUGGGCUCCCUCGACUAAAAGGGGAACAGCGUUGGGAGCUAGUUGACUACAUUAAAGCUACUCAAUACACAUUAUCAGGUCUGAAAUUUGAUACAAAAUACAUGAACCUUAGAGUACAAGCUUGCAACAAAGCAGUGGCAGGUGAAUACUCCGACCCCGUGACUCUGGAAACCAAAGCAUUUGUGUUCAGUUUGGACAGUACUUCAUCUCAUCUGAACUUGAAAGUUGAAGACAACUAUGUUGAAUGGGAUCCUACUGGAGGCAAAGGCCAAGAAAAAAUAAAAGGAAAGGAAAAUAAAAACAGUGGCCAGAAUCCUCUGCUGAAGAGCAAUAGAAGAAGCAACACAGCGUCUCCGAAGAGAUCCACUAACAGUCCAAGAGCCUUGGCGAGGGGCAGCCGGGAUCGCUUUGCUGGUGAAUCCUACACAGUGCUGGGAGACACUGCUGUUGAAAGUGGACAACAUUACUGGGAAGUGAGAGCCCAGAAGGACUGCAAAUCCUACAGCGUGGGAGUAACAUACAGAAACCCGGGGAAGUUUGACCAGCUGGGAAAGACUAAUUCCAGCUGGUGCAUCCAUAUCAACAACUGGCUGCAAACCACAUUCUCAGCAAAGCAUAACAAUAAAGCAAAGACUCUAGAUAUACCUGUCCCAGACAGAAUAGGAGUAUACUGUGACUUUGAUGGAGGUCAGCUCUCGUUUUAUAAUGCAAGCUCAAAGGCAUUGUUACACACCUUCAGAACAAAAUUUACCCAACCAUUGCUACCAGGCUUCAUGAUCUGGUGUGGUGGGCUCACAGUGACUACUGGAUUGCAGGUGCCAAGUGCUGUGAAAACUCUUCAGAAGAGUGAAAAUGGAUUGGGUGGUUCAACAAGCAACCUAAAUAAUGUUGCCUAGUAAUGUCUGUUCAACACUUCUACUGCUGAAUGUUUUUGUUUUUCUUUGUAGCUACUACUCACACAAGCCUGUGAGCAUUGGAUUUUACUGGGUUUGCUACCUUCUGCUGUUUAGGGCCUGGGUACUGAUAGUGCAAAGGUUUGGGGCUAAAGUGUUAGGAACCAGUGCUGGGAAUCCAGAAAAAAAAUGUCAGAAAGUUGAACUGUUGCCUAUUAAAAAAAAAAAAAAAAAAAAAAAAAAAAAAAAAAAAAAAAAAAGAGAAACCAAGAGCUGUAACUAUGUACUUUUGUAAUAUUGUAUUCAAACAUUUUGUUACAGACUUGAAUAUUAAUUUUAUUAUAACUACUAUUCUUCUAUGAAGAAUAUAGCAAAUACCAUUUUUUAGCUCUCCUAAUGAAAAUUACUCAGCUAUGUAUUUAAUUGUUACUAGGCUUCCUGUUGUUGUGAUUUCCGAGAUGCAUUUUGCAAACAGACUGAUUUGCUGGCCUAGCCUGGCAAAAUACACAGCAGUGUGGUUUCAGAAGGAUAUUACAAGAACACGUAGGCCUGGUAUGAAGAAACAGUAAGAGCAAGCUGUGAUUAUUUCCCCUAGUGGUAUAAAAUCUUCCUGUUUUCCAUGGGUAACUCCUUUUUAAAACCAUGUAUAUUGAUAUUGGCUCCUGUUUGUCACCAUUACAUUAAUUGCAUUCUAGUUACAUUAGAAAUUUAUGUGUAGCUGUUCCAUUGCCUUGACUCCCAUUUGCAAGCCUAGUAAAACAGUAGUCAAAUUAUUCAUAGUAAUGGGAGAGCUAAAAAAAGAAAAAAAAUCAUGUUAUAUUCUUCUUGGAAAAUCCCAGCUUGUCAGUGGGAAUUACUAGGUUAUUACAGGCUUUUUUAAUCUGCUUUCUUCCCUCCAAUCAAGCCGAGGAGCCUAUAAAUAGUUUUCAGGUACACUCAUGAAUCAGGUGUUUCCUAACUGAAGAUUGUUUUCUGGUAUCACCUGAAAACUGUUAUAAAUUCAUGGUCCAUAAUGAUUUAGCUCACUUGCUGCUGGGCCAGUGUAUUUUCCUUUUGUGUAUCCUUUAGCCCAUAAAACCAUGAACAUCUAAUCAUGUCAAGCCUCAAUAUUACCAAUGGCUCCUUUCUGUCCAUCACAAUUUCUCAGGAGAAGAAGUUCCUUGAUAACCUUCUAAUAAACUGGCUGUGAUGUUCAGUGAAAAGUUAAAAUUAACAAGGAAAUGUAAUUACCUGUUCUGGAAAGUGUUAUUUUUCAUGAGGAAUAAUGAAGUUGACAGGUUGGCAGAGCCCUAAAUGUUUAUUUUGUAUCUGGAACUCGAGCAUCUCUUAAUUAUUUGCAUUGUGAACUUGUAAUCUUUUUUUGCAGAGGAAAGUACAAACUAGUUCCCAGUUUAACUGUACCUUCAUCUGCCUGUUCUGUUGCUUGGGCUUUGGGACAAAGAUACUCAGAAGUGACAUGGUUCUUGGUCAGCAGUGUUUGAAUUUGCUUCACACAUUAUCUGCAGAUGUUACUGUUAUGCAAAUACUCUGUGUAUAACCUUUUCUCUUUCCAUUUUACUGGACACCCGACUAGGAGUUCUUGGGGAUAAAUUGCUACAAACUCAGUUUUGCAACCAGUUCUAGUCCAGGGCUGUGGUGUACAGACACCAGGACAGACUGGCACCUCCUUGUCACCACUCAUCCACUUGUCUUGAUCUUGGGUGUUCAGCUGCAGUUCCUCUUCAAAUUUCUCUUUGUGGAAAGAAAGGGCAUGUUUACAACCACCUAAUGUGUUUGUUGUGAGAACCAUGAGUAUUUUCCAGCCCUCUAUAAGAACAUUUAAAUUAUGAAGUGUUUUUUUGGUUUUUUGGUGGUUUUUUUUUUGGUGGUUUUUUUUUUGGUUUUUUUUUGGUUUUUUUUUUUUUUUUUUUUUUUUUUUUUUUUUGUUUUUGUUUUUGUUUUUGUUGUUUUUUGGCCUUUUUUUUAAUUUCUUUUUUUUUUCCCUUUUUAGCAAGGUGUAGUGUAACCUGCAAGGUGAAUUUGAUAUGCACCGAUGUAAAAAUGUAAUUUUUCUUUUAACAGUUAGUUAGAGUAAAGCUUGGGAGUGUUUCAUACUGUGACUUGUGACUUGCAAGUUUUGGUUUAACUGAUGUCCUAGGUGAACCUUAACAUAUGACUUUUUACCCUUAAAAGGAUGGAUUUGUUACGUAAUAGUUUGCACAGAUAUCAACUUUUUGCUGCUAACAUCUAGUCCAGUUGUUUUUAGUAAAUGGGGAUAUGAAGAAUUGCCUUAAGCACUUUAGAUUUUUUUUUAGACUGUUUUUUUCUGAACUAGUGUUUCUCCAGCACCCAUCAUCAUAGGAAGAUGAGCAACACCACACUGGUCCCAGUGAUGCUUUUUGUUGCAAUUGGUGCAGGGUUUGUGUCUGCAGCUGGACUGGGAUGCUUGGAGCCUGUGGAGUUACCUUUUCCUUUGUGAAUCCACUUCCAGGGAUUUGGAGAGGGUUGGCUCUCUGGCAGUGGAUCAGAUUUUUUGAAGGUCUGUAGUUCAAUCCACCAGGCUUAUUUACUCUGGAGCCAAUACUGUGUGGUGGCAAAAGAGGAAUUUUCUGCUCUAUGACCAAAAGGAGAUCCUUAAUUGCUUUUUUUUUUUUUUUUUAAGUACUGACUGCCAGUAUUCUGAAGUUAUUUUAACUCUGAAAAGCCUGACUUGUGAGGAACUGAAGGUUUUCCUUGAGGUAUUGAUACAUCAGAUGAGUGUAGCUGCCAUUGUCCUGUGGAAAACUGUGUUAACUGCAGCUAGGGAUGUCAGUGUCAGACAGGAUAAUUAAAACAAAAAAAACCUACACCAAAAAAUAACAAACCAUCCCAGGGAUAUAAAUGCUUCUGCAAAUACCAAACAGGCAGAGCAGAGGUGGCAGGUUUCCUCACCCCUCCCACGUUUCAGAUGGAAACUGGUGGAGCCACCUGGGCGUGUGUUGGGCUUGUCCGUGGUUUUAUUUUGGGGAGUGCGGGGUGUUGGAUGGACGCUGACCGUGAUUUGUGUUGAUGUCGUGCUCCAGCGUCGCUGUUUUUGGGUGUCCUGUGGCAGGGCCAGCCUGGCGGUGGGUUUCCUUCGGAGCAGUUCCCGGUGAUCCCGAGCAUCCCUGGGCCGCAUCGCGGGGUCCCUGCCCGGCACCUCCCGCCAUGGAGGGGAGUGGGAAGGGGGGGUGCCGUCCGCGUGUGACGCGAUGUUUUGUACUAAUACAGAAAUCUGCAACCCUG